GGAGAAAAAAAAUUCCCCACGGCUGCCGGUGCACAAAGCAGUUUACUGAUCAAGCUGUAAAGCUAUGUAAAGCUAUAUCCAUGUAUACUGUUGGACUUCAUGGGCCUCGAGUCAGAAAUGGCGCCUUCCUUCUGACUCACUCUAUGUCAGCAUCCAGUAUAAUUACCUCACCACUCAACGAGUUGCCAGUAAAACAGAACACUGAUUGGGCCACCUCUUGAUCAACAUGUACAAAUACUUCUCUCUUCCAGUGCCUGCUACCCCAUCUGCGAUAGCAGCUUACAAGUCGCUCCGACUCACUUCUCUCAGGGUGGAUGCUGCCCACUUCAGUUCUAACUACGUUCGUGAAGCCGCUUACACAGACGAAUUCUGGUACAGGCGUCUUAGUUCGCCGUGCAAACGGACGUUUGUUGUGGCCAAAGCCACUGAUAUAUCCCCGGAUUCAGAAAGCGGGGUCCCCGAUGGGAAUUCGGGGAUCGGAAUGGUUACUAUCCUUGCGCCUUCGGAAAUUCCCUCAGCCACUCUGGGACCCUUAGAAAGGGCCGGUUUGAGUGCAAACUGGGAACCCUAUUUCCUGGUGGCAAUGUGGGUCCACCCUGAACACAGGGGAAGGGGUGUUGCGAAGGAAUUGGUGAAGCGGGGGUUGGAAUGGGCAAGAACGUUCUCCGAUCCCCAGUCCGCCCAUGAGAGCGGGGAGAAGGAAAAAGUAGUGGUGCUAAUGGUUCACGAUCAUAACAAGAACGCGUGCACGCUUUACACCAAGAUGGGAUUUAGAUAUUUGACAGAGGCAUCGUGUGAGGAGGGCUGUAGGUGGAUGGCUGUCAAAGUUUAGGAAAGCGGAUAUAGAUUGCCAAAAGUCAUUGAACCUGCAGCCUCGGGUUGAGAUA